CUUUAUUUUUUCCCCUCAGACCUGAUUGCACUGAAAGAGGAGGGUCAAGAACUGGAUGAAACCGAAGAGAAAGAUCAGUAUGAGAAACAUCAUGAUUUUGUAACCGAAAAGUAUAAUCGCUCGCAGACUAAAAAAAAGGCUUCCUCAAAAAAGAGAGCUCAAAAGACAGGAUCUAGAAGUCGUUUCACCUGCAAACAAUGUGGAAAAAGUUUCAGUCAACAUGGACACCUUAAAAUCCACAUGAGAAUUCACACGGGAGAGAAGCCCUUCACCUGCCAACAGUGUGGAAAGAGUUUUGACCAAAAAAGAGCCUUUACAGUCCACAUGAGAAUUCACACUAGUGAUAGCGCAUUCACCUGCCAACAGUGUGGAAAAUGUUACAGCAGAAAAGAAAACCUUAGGUACCACAUGAGAGUUCACACGGGAGAGAAGCCUUUCAUCUGCAAACACUGUGGAAAAAGUUUCACUCGAAGAGGAAGCCUUGAAAGCCACGUGAGAAUUCAUACUGGAGUGAAGCCUUACACAUGCUCUCAGUGCGGAAGGAGUUUUACACAUCGACCAACUCUUAAUGCCCACAUGAGAAUUCACACUGGAGAGAAGCCUUACACGUGCUCUCAGUGUGGAAGGAGUUUCGAUCAACUGGGAAACCUUAAUGUCCACAUGAGGAUUCACACCGGAGAGAACCCUUUUUCCUGCCAGCAGUGUGAAAAAAGUUUCAGUCGAAAAGGAAACCUUGAAGUCCACAUGAGGAUUCACACUGGAGAGAGCCCAUACACCUGCCAACAUCGUUUCACCUGCAAACAAUGUGGAAAAAGUUUCAGUCAACAUGGACACCUUAAAAUCCACAUGAGAAUUCACACGGGAGAGAAGCCCUUCACCUGCCAACAGUGUGGAAAGAGUUUUGACCAAAAAAGAGCCUUUACAGUCCACAUGAGAAUUCACACUAGUGAUAGCGCAUUCACCUGCCAACAGUGUGGAAAAUGUUACAGCAGAAAAGAAAACCUUAGGUACCACAUGAGAGUUCACACGGGAGAGAAGCCUUUCAUCUGCAAACACUGUGGAAAAAGUUUCACUCGAAGAGGAAGCCUUGAAAGCCACGUGAGAAUUCAUACUGGAGUGAAGCCUUACACAUGCUCUCAGUGCGGAAGGAGUUUUACACAUCGACCAACUCUUAAUGCCCACAUGAGAAUUCACACUGGAGAGAAGCCUUACACGUGCUCUCAGUGUGGAAGGAGUUUCGAUCAACUGGGAAACCUUAAUGUCCACAUGAGGAUUCACACUGGAGAGAGCCCAUACACCUGCCAACAGUGUGGAAUAUGUUUCACUCAAAAAGGAAACCUUAACAUUCACAUGAGACUACACACUGGAGAAAAGCCAUUCACGUGCCAACAUUGUAAAAAGACUUUCACAUAUCAAAGAGACCUGAAACGGCAUUUGCAAAUCCAUUCUGGGAAGAAAUCGCAGUGUCGCCCGGUGUGGCAAGAGGUUUACAAAAUAGAGCAAUUUUAAAAAUCAUAUGCGCAUUGACUGCACCUUUCAACCC